AUGGGAUGGGAGAAGACGACGACCGACGUCGUGGUUCGUGUGGUGGGUUCCGACAAAUGGAGUGUGGUGGCGUGCAGUGGCGUCGGAGUGUGGGUUCCGACGUCGGAGUGUGACAGCGAGGCGGCGAAUCUGGUGCAUGCGGUGGGGCAUGCGGCAGUUUCGACGAUCGGAGCGCAGAUGGAGGCUGCAUCGAGGGAUCGUCAACAAACCUUAGCUAUUCGUUGGAUCCUUGGAGCAGCUUUCAAACGACGUAUAAGCUACAGGAUAAGCUUAGAGAAAUGUUCAUUUGCUGAGAUACUGGAUGCUUACCGAAAGAGGGGAAUUGCACGUAAGAGAAGGGAGAAUCUUCAUGGAUUUGCUUUCACCAAUCGAAGUUUCAUGCAUUUCAGAUGA